AUGGCGAACGCCCUGGAGCAUCUUGCCAACCAGACGAAGCUGGAAUGGACAGCGAGCUUGAAUGUUGAUUUUCAGCCUGAGAAGAAUUACCGCCGUACCUCUAUCAUUGGUACAAUUGGGCCGAAGACAAAUUCAGCGGAGAAGAUUUCGAUGCUCAGAACUGCUGGCCUCAAUGUUGUCCGCAUGAACUUCUCUCAUGGCUCUUACGAGUACCACCAAUCCGUCAUCGACAACGCCCGUGAGUCUACGAAGCAACAACCAGGACGCCCUUUGGCUAUUGCCCUUGAUACUAAAGGACCUGAGAUCCGCACUGGCAACACACCCGGAGAUACCGAUAUUCCGAUUCAAGCUGGUCUUGAGCUCAACAUCACGACCGAUGACAAGUAUGCUACUGCCAGCGACGACAAGAACCUCUAUGUUGAUUACAAGAACAUCACAAAAGUCAUUGGCGAAGGGAAGCUCAUCUAUGUUGACGACGGCAUCCAAUCUUUUGAAGUCCUCAAAGUGGUAGACGACCAGACUCUUCGAGUCAAAGCUCUGAACAACGGCCAAAUCUCCUCGAAGAAAGGUGUCAAUCUUCCAGGCACAGAUGUUGAUCUACCAGCCCUGUCCAAGAAAGACCUUGCUGAUCUCGAAUUUGGUGUGAAGAACGAAGUGGACAUGGUGUUUGCCUCAUUCAUUCGACGAGCCGAGGACAUUAAAGAAAUUCGCAAAGUCUUUGGUCAAGAAGGAAAGGAGAUCCAGAUCAUUGCUAAGAUCGAGAAUCAACAAGGUGUCAACAAUUUCGACGAGAUCUUGAAAGAGACUGAUGGUGUGAUGGUUGCUCGUGGUGAUCUGGGUAUCGAGAUUCCGGCAGCCAAGGUCUUCAUCGCUCAGAAGAUGAUGAUUGCCAAAUGCAACAUGGCCGGCAAGCCCGUUAUCUGUGCCACGCAGAUGCUCGAAUCCAUGACCAACAACCCUCGUCCUACCCGUGCUGAAGUCUCCGAUGUCGCCAAUGCUGUUCUCGACGGUGCCGACUGUGUCAUGUUGUCGGGCGAGACUGCAAAGGGUAGCUAUCCCAAGGAAGCUGUCAAGAUGAUGCACGACACUUGUUUGUUGGCCGAGGUUGCCAUACCUUAUGCGAAUCUGUUCACUGAGCUUCGUGGAGUCUGUCCGCGACCAUGCGAUACCGUCGAAUCUGUCGCCAUGUCUGCCGUCAGUGCUAGUAUGGAGCUGACUGCUGGUGCUAUCUUGGUGCUGACUACAAGCGGUACCUCUGCUCGCAUCCUGUCUAAAUAUCGACCCGUCUGCCCGAUCAUCAUGGUUACCCGGAAUGAGCGUGCCUCUCGAUAUGCCCAUCUUUACCGUGGGGUUUAUCCAUUCUGCUUCCCAGAACCUAAACCAGAUUUCGACAAGGCUGAUUGGCAACAAGAUGUUGAUAGGCGUUUGAAAUGGGGCAUUGCACAGGCCACCAAGCUUGGUAUAGUGAAGAAAGGCGAUGGCAUUGUCUGCGUCCAGGGCUGGAGGGGUGGCAUGGGUCACACGAACACAAUACGUGUUGUGCCUGCUGAGGAAGACCUGGGACUUAAGGAAUGA